AUGUCUCGCGAGAACAGCUUCAGCGAUUCCGACGACCGCUCCCUCACCCCCGACCUCGAAGAAGGCCUUGCGACCUCCCCAACAUACGUCGGACCCCCUGGUAUGCGCCCCAGUACUGGAAACGCCCAUGCAACUGCAAUGACGAAGUACGGGAGCCGUGGUCCCUCGCCCCUCUUUGACGUCGGGGGCAUCAGCUGGGACGUCAUCAGAGCGCUUGCGCUCAAGUACGACCUGCACCCGCUCGCGGUCGAGGACGUCCUCCACCAGCGCGGCCACACGCGCUCCAAGGCCGACUACUACCCGCAGCACCUCUUCGUCCGCAUCCUCGUCCACACCCUCGCCUCCUCCGCCUCCUCCUUCUUCUCAGACGACCGUACCCCCGAGGACACCUCUUCUGCGGACAUCUUCGCCGGUAUGCCGCGCUCAGAAUCCCCGGCGCAGAUGGACGACGAGGAAGAGGCCGACCUUAAGCGCCGCAUGAGCGCCAGCGGUCGCGUCAACGACGAAUCCGACGAAGCAGACGAGCGCACUGUGUUCGGGAGCGCGCGCGCGUCGGUGUUCUCCACCCUACGCCACACCCCGAAGGCGGAGCGGAGGAAGGAGGAGAAGCCAAGCAUUGGCCUCCCCUGGGGCCGUCCGAGAGCGCACGACGUCGAGGGCUCCCCGCGCGCACCCGGGCAGUGGCCUUUCGCGGCGAUGGGAGGCGCAGGGAUACGGAUAGGAGACAGUAGCAAGAAGUCACGGUACCAGAAGCUGGUGGGGGAGCUGAAGAAGGGCGACCGGGUGGACGUACAGAUCCACCCGGUGUGCGUCUUCUUGCUGUGCGACGGGACGGUCGUGUCGAUGCACAACGGGACAGACACGACGCUGGCGCUGACUGCCCCAAUUGCGGAGCGGCUGAGGCAGCGGGACACGGUGCUGCGGACGAGCGCGGACCCGGCGUUGCUCGUCCAGUCGUUACUCGACCUCGGCCGGAUCCUCGAGAUCGAGGAGCAGGUCCUGCCCAAGCCGAGCAUGAAGACCGUCCGCAGACUGCAUAUACUCCAGGGCGACCUCGUGCUGCACAAACACACGCUGGAGCCGGUCAAGACGCUCAUAUACGGGCUCAGGCAGUACGACGCGGACCGCGCGCUUGCGCUGCGGGACCUGGACGACGUGAAUGACAAGACGCAGUUGGGGUUGGGGGGUAUGGGAGCCAUAUGGUGA